AUGACUUCCCACCUUUUCUCUCUUGAAGCUCCCAACGAUGACUUUUCCUUCAGUUCCAUGGAAGGCGACAAUGAGGAGGAUGACAACAACGACGAUGCUUCGUCCAGGGCGGAAGGCAGCAACACCGCUGCCUCGUCAAGUGCGGAGGGAAGCAACAACAAGGAGGGCGGCAACAAAGACGCAUCGUCCGAUGAGGAGGACAAUAAAGAGGACGCCUCGUCUGGCGAGGGCGACAGCGACGAUGCCACGUUUAGCGACGAGGAGAACAGCGACGAUGCCUGGUUCGGCGACCUCAGGAAACGAGACAACACCGUCUCAUGGGAGGUUGGCACAGGCGGGAGAGGGGGAAUACAGCCGUCAAAGGAGAUGAGAGCAAUAUCGCUCUCAGAGGAAAAGGGCAUUUGUCGCAGAGAAGACGGGCGAUAG